AGUGGGGGGACAGGGGUGUCCAUUGGAGGCAGCUGAGGCUGGAGUCCCCUUGCAACAGGUCUGGCAUGUCCCUUGUGUUCCCCGUUGGGGCUGGGGCCCUUUUGGGGUGCACUGGGACGCCAUGGGGGUCCCUGGGGCGUUCAGGGUCCUUGGGGGCCUGUGGCCACCCCCUGAUGCCCCCGCAGUGUAUUCUCUGGACGGGCUGCUGGCCUUCGCUCUGCUGCUGGUCUGCACCUGCGCCCACCUGCGCAAGGUGCCACGCCUGCGCGCCUGGCUGCUCUCCGAGAAGCGCGGCCUCUGGGGCGUCUUCUACAAAGCCGCCGUCAUCGGCACUCGCCUGCACGUCGCUGUCGCUGUGUCCUGUGUCCUCAUGGCAUUCUAUGUCCUGGUGCUGAAGUGACUGUGCCAGGAGUGACGCUGGCAGCCAGAGACCCCGGUGCGGAGAGCUGCAGACACCAGUGUCAACGAGACUCUGGUGCCGACGGCCAGAGACCCCAGUGCUGAGAGCUGGAGACACCGGUACCGACGGCCAGUGACCCCAGUGUCAACAAGACCCCGGUGCCACUGCCAGCCGCGCCCCUGCCCCACAUGGCGAGCCAUCGCCUGGACACGCCGCGGUGGGAGCCGCUUGGGCACCUCUCAGCUGGCAGCAGUGGGGUCUGUGGCGAGGGGCUCUGCGUGCCAGCCCCACAGCGUGCAAGGAGAUCCGGCCGUGCCCUGUGAGCACCUUCUCCUGACACCAAACACUGUGUCCUGGUGGGACCACGGCCUCAUGUGGCGCAGGGGGACGGGGGGCUGCACGGCUGCCCCUCACCAGGAGGGUGGGGGUCCCCCGACGGAAACUACGGGAUUCAGACCCUGUGGAUUGUAAAUGUGGGACCACAACGUGCAAAUAAAGGGGAGGCUCCCGUGUGGCA